AUGGAGAAGCUACAUCACGAAACAGCAGUGGACACAGCAGUCACUCAUAGGAUAUGGGAAGCGCAAAUACCUCUGCAAAUAUCGUUGUCUCCAGACGAAAUACCUUCUCUCGGCGGACAGGGCUCUGCGAAUCCAUCCAUCAGUCAUUAUCUUCUGUUGCACCGUUGCAGCUAUCUCUCGCUAAUUUCAUCUACUGUUCGGCAAUUCUUCGCGAGGAAUGCUCGACUACUGAUUGCACAACAUGAUGAUGCGGAGAUAUGGUACUCCUACAAAGGCACGCCGCUGAAAUGGCAUCACCCGGUCGGACUACUUUGUGAUUAUCAUCUCGGCACGGAAACAAAUGGCGCUGGCGCUGUCCCAUUGCCGUGGUAUAUCACAGUCCACUUUUCCAACUUUCCCACCGUUGAACUCAUUCGCAUGCAGCCAAAGCAACACUUGGAAACAGCACGGGACUCUUUCAUGUCACUUGUAAAGGAGGCCGACUACCUUCGCAAUGGAACCAUAAAGCGAGUGAUGGGGCUAUCCAAGAACGAUCAGACACAACUAUGGGACGCGCUCGUAUCACACAACUACAAUGCAUUUUGGGACGUCAACUCGCAGUUGGUAACUCAAGAGAAUAGUAUACCGAAGUACAUACCGUUACGCAUUCAUAUACUGGGUCGAGCCGUGAUACAGGAACCUGUGCCUUCUGUGGAUGAUAACCUUGACAAAGAGUACUCGCUACAUGACGUGCUGGGACGCCUGAUACCGGAUGUCUUUGGCGGCGGUCCGGAGGAUGCCGCAGAAGGUGGCUUUGCGCCCUCUGCAGAACGGAAGCCAGCGGCAAUACUGCAUGGGAUCGUGAUCCCGCUUGAUACCCCGAUCUUAUGGCUUAGCAGGAAUUGCUCAUAUCCUGACGGAUUUCUACAUUUUGUUGUAAGAAAUCACAUUUCAUAA